AUGAUUCCUCUGUUCUCGCCCUGCAUGUUCGGAGACCGAGUCCACGGGGAGGUCAGGCGCUUGAGGGAGCUCCUGGCUUCUAGGCUCUAUGAGAAUAAGCUCGACAAAAAAGGUCGCAGCGCUGCGCGCGCGCUCCUCGCGCUGACCGAAGCGCGGGACCUGUCGUUUUCCCUGCUGCAUAUGGUUCAAAUUGACAUAUCUUUGCCCUUCAAAUUUAUCGGUUUGCUCGUUACUUAUCUCAUUAUUCUACUGCAAUUUGAAAAAGUGAUAAAUCCCUCUACGGCUACUCAGGGCGCUUUAGUAACUUCGACCUUGAGUCCUUGA